GGAGCCGAAAACAUGUGGUAACAGAAUUUUCAUAUUUUUCAGCGUCACAAAUUCAAUUUCUCUUCAAAAAAUACACACAAUUACACAAACACAAACGUGAUCAAAACAUUUCCGUGUUCAUCUUCUCAAUCGAAGUUCAUAACGUGCAAAUCGCAAUCAUCUGAUCGAAACUCGAAUCAAAAUCUAAUCAAUUGCAUUACAAGAGUUUAUAUUUCUACAGUGAUCGCAAUGGCACAGUUGAUCAAAGCACACACUCAAGUGAAGCCGUUGUUCAACGGCGACGGCAUGUUGAUCGGAUUCGAACCGCGCGAUCAGUCGAUCACGCGGUUACGAUCUCAUAAGCGUAAAGUCAAGUUCAAUGGAAGCAGUAGCACGAAAUUGUUUGCUUCGUCUUCGUCAUCAGUGUCAUCAUCUUCUGAGAGUUAUAAGUUUAAACAGCCUGUUGAUAGCGGUGAUGGAAGUAGCUAUAAUGUCGGUUAUGAUUUGUUUUUCGAUGAUCCGGAGUACGUUAGGGAUGAUUUGUCGUGUUUUCGAGGUUUAGUACUUGAUAUCUCUUACAGGCCGAUUAAUGUUGUUUGCUGGAAACGUGCUAUCUGUUUGGAGUUUAUGGAGAAGGCUGAUGUUCUGGAAUAUUAUGAUCGGACUGUCAAUUCUCCUAGUGGAUCCUUUUAUAUACCUGCUGUUUUAAGGGUACCACAUUUGCUGCAAGUUGUCAAGAGAAGGAGAAUAAAGAGUACCCUUAGUCGUAAAAAUGUACUUGCUAGGGAUAAUUUUACUUGCCAGUACUGUUCUUCGACUGAAAACCUGACAAUUGACCAUGUAAUUCCAAUUGCGCUAGGUGGGGAAUGGACAUGGGAAAACCUGGUGACUGCAUGUGCCCGUUGCAACUCCAGGAAAGGCCAAAAGACUCUGGAGGAAGCGAACAUGAAGCUAAACAAGACGCCUAAGGCCCCUAAAGACUAUAACAUAGUUGCCAUACCCUUGACAAACGCCGCAGUACAGAUGCUGAAAAUGAGAAAGGGAACACCAGAAGAGUGGCAGGAAUACCUAGCAUAACCAUCAUCAUGUCAGUUCAUCAACACAGGACUGGCUUGUACAUAUCAGUGUUACAUAUAUAGUUACUAGUUUCAGUCUGUCCAGUCUCGCUAAGCAGUAUCUUACUAUCUUCUGUACUCUGCUGCCUUCGUAAGCGUCUCACUCACUUAUUCCACAUCUUGUUCCAUUUAUGAAUAGAAUUUCAUGUAUAUUAUGUCUUAAUGAUUUUCUUUCUCGUUUCUAAUUGUAAAACAUGUAUAUACAAAUAAUAUACAGUUUACGUGUUUAUAUAUUUAUCAAGGUGUCUUUGCUUGUA